UAUCCGCCAUAGAACGCGAAGCGUGGAGAAGCUCAUAGCGCGAGAGCGGAGUAUCCGCCUUUGCGUGCGCCUUUGGGUAUCUCACAAGGAACAUGCUUCCGCCCCCCCCCCCCCUGUUGACUGGCAUCCCGCUGCGCCUCGCUGCGCUGGCACAGGUCUGAGCUGGUCUGAGGCCCGCCACGGGGGACCCGCGAGCUCACUCUACUAGUCUACGACCGUUGAUUAGGACAGUUUAAUGUUGCGAGCAAACAAAUUGUCCUUUAAACUGCGUUUUGCCGCGUAUAACAGUCAAUCCAACAUUACCUUGUACCGGCGCCCGACGCCGGCCCGGCGGGACUGGACUUGGGCGGGACCGACCGUUUUGUGAUUGUCGCCGGCGUCUUGAGUUACCUAGAGCUUCGGUGAAGCGGCUGUGUUAUGCAUGCUAUGCAUGAUUAUAAGCUGUUCAGAGCGGAAACAGAUUCCUAGAGUCAAGCGCCGGACCUCAUCCACCGCCCCUGACUGUUGCGUUUAUGUUGCACUGCACAUGCCCCUGUCUGCUGCUGGAUAACUAUCAUGACAUUGCGUUAAAAAUUUAUCAGCUUGAUUAUUGGAACACUAUAAGAGUUCUGUGAUUAGAGCUCUAGACAAUCGAAAUGACGAGCCCUUGCAGCGUUGAGUCGCAAGUCCUGGCGGCGUUGCAUUUGCAGACCAUGCAGCAAAUUCAGCUGUCUAAGGGCAUGCAGGCACACAUUCAAGCCCUCAUUGACACGUCAAAGAUGCUAUCGCAAGAGAUAAUGCACGCGCUGGCGCGCCUGCGGAGCGUCAACCGAACGACCGGACAUUGUCUGAUUACUUCGCUGCAGCAGCGCCCGGUGACGGCGAGCUGCGCCGAUGUGCAGCCCCAGCUUGCAAUCACUCUUACAGACACUGUUGCUAUCGCGGCUGUCUGCGUGGCCUCCUCGCGGCCCAGCGGCGCCGGCAGCGUCGGCAUGUCGGGCGUCGUGCCCAUCGUCGCUGCAAAAUGUCCAAUUGCCAGCGGCGCCGAUGGCGACGUUGCGCCCGCGCCCCCGCAGCAUCCCCUGAUCUGGGCUCGCCAGCGUAGCCACCUGGUGUCCUCAGGACCGGCGUCCGUGUCGGGAUCGCGAUCGGCGUCGGCAUCGGCGGCAUCGGCGUCGGCGUCGGCGUUGCCACUCGCCCGCCGCAGCCCGCAGCCGUGCAGUAGCUCGCCACUGCUGGCGUCGUCGUCACCCGCUGGGCCCAAUACCGGCGGCCGCGGCAGCCGCCGCCGCGCGCUCCACUCCAGCCGCGGCACCAGCAUGGGACGGCUCGUCGUGCCCGCCGCCGCCGCCGCUGCCUACGUUGCCGCGCCUUCCUCGCCCUCCUCCUCCGCCGGCGGCCCCUGCCGCCCCGCAAGCGGCACUGCACCUGCUGUGCCCACGGCGGCGGUCAGCAGGAAGCGAAAGGCAACGGCAGGCACACAGCAGCAGCCAGCAGCAGCAGCAGUGGCUUGGGUAGCGGCCCCGGCGUCGGCGGUGGCGGCUCUGCUACCACCGCCGCCGAUACCGCCGGCUUCGCUGCGCAUCAGCAGCCACAGCUUCAGCAGCACCAGCGGCACCAGCGGCACCAGCGGCACCAGCGGCACCAGCGGCACCAGCGGCACCAGCGGCGGCGCCGCCGCGGCAGUGGGGGCGGCGCCAGCUGCCGGCUGUCCACUGGCAACAACAGGACACCUUAACCCAUGGAUGCUCACACCCGCCUACUUCUCCCACUCGGAGGUCCUGAGCAGCCUGCAGCAAGCGGCGCUCAUGCCGUCGCCGCCGCCGGCCGCUGGCGCCGCCGCCGCCGCCGCCGCCAGCACGACUAGCACCCCCAGCUCCGCCCCCGCCCCCGCCGCCGCUGCCUCCUGCCCGGCAUCUUCCUACCCCACCGCCCCCGCCACUUCCGGGCCCGCCGUCGGGGCCGCUGCCUCUGCCGUGUCUUCGCCCUCCAUAACGGCAGCAGAGUCGAUGCCUCUCCAAGUGGUGUACGGCAGCGGCCGCGCUGCCGCCACCGCAUCGCGUCACCAGGUGCUUCACCGGUACGACUCGGACCUGGUCGAGGAUCCAAUCGCAAAGGCGGCGCGGCUGCUGGAGCAGCAGGACUACUGCGGGGGCAGCAGCGGGGAUUCUCCGUUCCAACCCAGCUGCGAGCAUGUGCUGGAUCUGGGAUACGUGGGCUGGGAGGAGGUGCUCCAGGAUUUGGAUCUUGUGGUGUGAUGUUAAGCGCAGGUAGGGUUAAGCCAACGCACGUGUGCUGCUACUAUAACGCACGCAGCGGCCACCGCCGGUACGCGGACGAUGGCCCAGCAUGCUUUUUUGCCCUUGCGUGCGGGGUUUGUGGGGCUACCGGGCUAGCUGCCGGUAUCACGAUAUGCAGCGCUCUGCUUGCGUGCGGCCUUGCGCUCUCAUGGUUGUGAAAAUCCGGAUAAGCGGCAGCAGCCGCGCGCUGCCAGUACGAAUGAAUGGAUUGCCGCUGCAUAUUAAUAAACUGUUAUCGAACUCUGUGAAGCCGGCGGCAUGCGCAGGACUGGGCGGCGGGUUGCACGCAAGCACGUGCCCGGAAAUGUUUCGGUCGCGCAUGCUGCUAGCAGCAGGCCAGCUGGCCAGCCCCGUGCUGAACAAAUGCACCGGUUCUUUGACAAUUUCGUGCGAUCCCUGCUAAAACCUGAAUCUGUUUGAUUGCAAACAACUAGGGUAUGGCCGUACGUGGUGGCCUCAUCAAUGUUCGUGCGGGGGGCAGGCGUGCUGGAUGAUGGUGGUGCACCGUGGCGCAUGGCGUGGGGAUUUGGGUGCCGACGCGUUGCCUGCCUGUUGAUGGAUGGACCCCUCACUUCGCGCCUGGAUGGCGGGUGUGCGUGGGCUCUGGGUUGCCUUCGAAAGGAAAUGUUCUAGUCAAGACUCAAGAAUUGCAUGCGUGUGCGUGCGGACUGUGCGUGCACAUGUGUGUUCGUGCCGAUGAUGUGCCGUGGUGUGGGCUGGUCGCGCCGUUAGUUGCGAUUUGUCCGGGUUGCUUGGUUGUAUCCCAAAUUGUGCUAGCUGUGAACGCAGCAUAAUUGCAUGGGCUCAACUCGGUUUCAUGCUACUCAGCUUCGUCACGCACUCAGGCUGCUUGGAUGCAUGGAGGGGCGGAGUCAAUGCAGGGGUGCUGCGAUGUGCCCUUGUCGGGAUCGCCCCCCCCUUAGCGUACGCUGCCAUGGGCAACAUGUUAUCUCCCCACACGUGUGUACGGAGGAUGGCGGAGGCUUGCAGCACGUAUGAGGGCUUGCAACGUUGCUCACGCUAUUUGAGGCACGGGUGUUGAGAUGAUUGAACAUGCUGGUUACCCGCUCCAUCCUUUGGUCACUGCGGCGGCAUUUCAUUGGACACGACGGCUUCGUCUGUGCUCUCACAAAUUACAACAUGGCAAGCGAGGCUACAAGUAGGGACGGCAACAGUCAGCAGGCAAGGCAACGGAGGGACCAUCUCAGGCCUAGAUGUUAGCAAACUGAAUGGGCAUGCAUGGCGUGUGUUCCCAUGGCCACCGCUAUGGGUGCGUAUGUAGUUGUUUCACCUACUUGCUCAGCAGCAGCUAGCGCGCAGUGUCCCUGUGCCCACAGUCUGCCUGGCGCGUGGGCAGCCCGUCGUAGAGGUGUUUGUCACAGGAAUUAUAUGUGUGGAGUCAGACGCUCAGAGCCCCUGAAUCUCGGUUUGUUAGGACGUGCGAAGUCGCAGGUUAUGAAGCUGUUUUGUUGUUUAGUAAACCAAUGCUGCUGAAACAAGCAAAACCCAUGGCACUACAGCACCGGUUAAGCGGGUCGGACAGCCGGUGCAGAGUGGCGAUGCCCGGCGGCUUGAGGUUAGUUGUUGCCGAGAUGCUUUCUCUAUUCUUACAUUGUGAUGUGUGGGCUUGGGUGUGGGGGGCCCUGCCAGCGGGCUGCCCCACAACCUGAAAGGGGUGUUCCGCAUCUUCAAUCGGGUGCUCCGCAUCUUGGCCAUGAGGCCGCUACACAGGCUAAUUCAGUGGCUUUGUGUUUACGGGCGAUAAGUAACCUAGUAAGUAAUAAGUACCCAGUAACACGUUCGGGAUGGCGGGAGGAGCGUCCUAUGGGAGCAAGCCUUCACAUGUAACCUCUAUUCGCAAGCCUACUAGAGCUAGAGUAGGCCGACGGCGUUGCAGGCGGCACGCCCCUGGGGUCCAGAGCAGGGUGUUCGUUCUCCACGUCACUGGCUCGUGAACUGCGUCAGCAGGUCCCUCUAGUCCCUCUUGUAACCAAUGCAAUCU